AUGGUCUUCGAACCCUUCGAGGGCGCCUUCAACUUCGUCCGCAAAGUUGUCGAAGCCGCGGUCCUCACUGCACAGCCCAAGAACUGGCACCGACCCCAUUUCAACUUCAUAACAUGCCACUACAUGUACAUCCUAGGCUGGGCGCUGAUAGGAUCCAUCAUUGUCUUCCCCGGGGGUGGACUGUCAUACAUCGACGCCCUUUUCUUCACUUCUGGAGCUGCGACACAAGCUGGACUCAACACCUCGGACUUAAACGAAGCCUACCUGUACCAGCAGAUCGUCCUCAUGUUUAUUGCCUGUGUCGCCAACCCGAUCUUCAUCAACACGUCCGUGGUAUUCGUCCGACUUUAUUGGUUUGAGAAGAGGUUUGAGAAGGUGGUGCAGGAGGCACGAGAGUCACGGAAGUCAAGGGCGAAGACCUUCAGCCGGAAUGGUACAAUGCGGAGCGAGAGAAGCCUGAGUGAGAUUGAGAGGGGAGUGGGAGGCAGACAUAUCCGCGUCCUCCAUGAAACGACAAAGCCGAACGGUAUGAGUGGUAGUGCUGCUCCUAACCCUCAGGCAGAGAAGGAGUUCGUGGAGAAGCUGGGUUUGCAGCAGGAGUCGAGGAGUGUCUCACCCACACCAGACAACAGUAAUCAGGGCAGCAAGCAUGAAGAGGACCUGGCACCGGACGAGAAGACCAAGCAGGAAGUCGAGCCAGAUACUCCUGUCUCCACGUACCUCGGUCUCCCCGGUAGAUUGCAGCGCGAGAUCGUGUUCGCGGAUGAGGUGCCCACGCCUAGCUCUGGGCAUGCCCUCCAGUCUCCAGGACUAGAAGAUAUACCCGAGAGUGAGAAGAUGGCCCUGACGCCUGCAUCCGAAACGGCGCCAGGGGGACCAGAGCACGAUGAUCGGCAUAUCCGCUUUCUUGAAAAGCAGCGCAAUGCCAAGGUCGAGGCACAUACCUUACGCAUCCCCGGACCUCGCGACUUUGACCGUGGCGAGCAACCAGAGGAGCUUGAUGAUAGCGACGACGAGCUGCAGCGACCUGUGACGAGGAAUACUUUGGGUGCUGUCAAUAGUGAGGAGGAGCGUGCGCGGAGGCUGAGCAUUGGUGACCGCAGCGCGGAGAUCAAUGGCGAUGACCACCCACCUCGCAACAUCACUUUCAACGAGCCUGCACACCCGGAUCGACGCGGACCCGCUAAGAACGUGGACGACGACAAUCCGGAAGCGCAUGGCUUCCGACACACACUCAGCAAGGUCAAGAGUAAUCUGGGUCACAAGCGGAAUCGGUCGCGCUCUUCAACACGUCUGAAUCUCUCCGAUGCUCGUGGUAGUAUGGCCAAGACGUUCAGCACGCUCAGGACAGCAGGAAGCGGCAGCAGACCGGAAGAAGAGAUGCCAUAUCUUACUGGACAUGUCACGAUCGGCCGCAACAGUGCUUUCUUGGGCUUGAGUGAGGAGCAGCGGGAGGAGCUCGGCGGCAUCGAGUAUCGAGCUCUGAAGACACUGGCUAAGGUGCUGAUUGUCUACUUUGUCGGCUUCCACAUCUUUGGCAUGGUCUCUCUGCUCCCGUGGAUCCUGCACAACCAGCCGUGGAAAGGCUACGUCCAAUCCAUUGGCACAUCGCCCGGAUGGUGGGGCGUCUUCACUCCGGCGUCUAUGUUCAAUGAUCUCGGUCUUACCGUCACCCCAGACUCGAUGAACUCUUUCAAUUACGGCAUCUGGCCGCUUCUCAUCGGAUCGUUCCUCAUCAUCAUCGGCAACACUGGCUUCCCCUGUAUGCUCCGCUUCGUGAUCUGGGUGGCGUCGAAAGUGACCUGGCGAUUAGGGAAGCAAGAACUGCACGAAGAACUGCGCUUCCUGCUCGACCAUCCUCGUCGGUGUUUCACACUGCUCUUCCCGUCGAGCGCGACUUGGUGGCUGUUCUGGGUCCUCGUGGGCCUGAACGUUGUUGACCUGGUCUUCUUCCUCAUCCUCGACUUGAAUGACGACGCCGUUAUCGUCCUCCCGUUAGGCAUCAGAUUCCUCGAUGGCUGGUUCCAGGCAACGUCAACUCGAACGGCUGGCUUCUCUUGCAUCAAUCUCGCGGCGCUGCACCCAGCUAUCCAGGUUAGUUACCUCGUAAUGAUGUACAUCUCCGUCUUCCCGAUUGCCAUCUCGGUCCGCCGAACCAACGUCUACGAGGAGAAAUCUCUCGGUGUCUGGGGCGGCGAAGAAGAUAUGGGAGAGGGGGAGCAGUCGUAUGUUGGACAGCAUUUGCGUAGGCAGCUGAGCUUCGACUUGUGGUAUGUGUUUUUGGGCUUUUUCAUCAUUUGCAUUAUAGAAGGCAGCAGACUCAGCACGGCCACGGAUUACUCGUUUACGAUGUUCAGUGUCCUGUUCGAGAUUGUGAGCGCGUACGGUACUGUGGGCCUGAGUCUAGGAUAUCCGGGCAUCAACGCCAGCUUCUCGGCGGAAUUCAAGACGUUGAGUAAGCUGGUCAUCAUUGCCAUGAUGAUCAGAGGACGGCAUCGUGGUCUGCCAUAUGCCUUGGAUCGCGCUAUCAUGCUGCCAAGCGAGAACUUGCACAGGAAGGACGAGCUGGCUGCUGCGGGGAUGCAGAGGCGGAUGUCCUCGCAGACGAACUGGGAGGAUGGUGAUUUGGAUGAGAGCGGUCUACCCCGACAGCACACUAUUGAAAAUGCUAUGGAAGCUGGUGCUGGUGGUGAGCACAGUCCGGAGGGUCUGCGCAAGCUGAGAAGGAGAGGCAGUGCGGUAACGACCGAUAGUCGUGCCAGUGGUCGGGACAUCUAUUCCACGCAGAGUAAGGGUGGGACAAGACGUGGGCAUAGGCGUGGUAGCAGCUUCGGUGCGAUGUUGGCGGGCGGCAUGUCUGCUGGACCGACGUUGCCGAGACACAUCAAGCAAGUCGUGCCACAUUUCAGUCCCAACAUGUCGACAGUGCCGCCGUCCAUGGCAGUAUCCAAAGUCUACGAAGGUUGUUCAGAGCUUCGCCGUAAGCCAAUCGUUCCUCCUGUCAUCUGGACCUAUCCCUCACAGCAAAGCCUGCCGCUUGGCUUGUGA